AUGGAGAAGAAACGAAAAAGUUUGGUGCCGCCAGAGGAAGUAUUGGUAAAGAUCUUGGCUAGAUUAGUUUCACUGAGAAGCAUAGCUAGAGUCAGAUCAGUCUGCAAAGAAUGGAAACUCAUAAUAGAUUCCGACUUCUUCCGAGAUCACUACGAGUCUCUCCACUCUUCCCCAUCCUCUGUUUCGUGGUCAAUCAUGAACAACAGUAACAAAACAGAGAUCGUUGGUCACCAUGGAUGCGAGAGAUGGGGACUUACCGGUUUCUUAGGCUCUUUCAUCACGCGUUCUAACCCUAACGAGACUACUGCAGUGAGAAAAACUUGUGUCUUGAGCUGCACGGAUGGAUUGGUUUUGCUUUACACCGAGACCAUGGAAGGAGCACCUAUGUAUCAUGUCGGAAACCCCUUGUUGCGACAAUGGGUUCUGAUCCCUUUUCCUCCACAUCUCACGGGUUACGAUGUCGUGAGGUUACAGGAGAAUCGCAACUGUUUUCACGACAAUGGUCUGGUCACAAAGAUGGAGAAGGGUAUUGCCGUGGGUUACAAGGUUGUCUGGACGUUGGUCUCUCAAAUUGUAGCUAAAUAACUAACUUUUAUGAUAUAUUCCUCUGAAACAGGAUCGUGGAUGACGAAACAGGUUCGUUUUCUCCGUAGCUUGAUCUGGUCUAGAUUAUCUCAUUCGGUUCCUCUAAACGAGAUUCUUCACUGGCUUGCUACAAUUGAUAACUCCGACGCGGACGCAAAUUAUGUUAUAUCCUAUGAUUUCUACAAUGUAGGAGAUGAAGCUAGUAUCAUACCUUUUCCUGACAUCCAACAAUACCAAGGCACUCGGCGUUUCAAGAGAACAAUCACAACCUCUGCUGGAUCUGUGGUGUAUUGCAACGCUUUCGGUGAUAAUAAUAAUGUAGUAGAACGUACAGUCAGGGUUUGGAGGCUGGUCUCUACUCAUGAGCAUCCUAAUUCAUGGCAACUCUUAUGGCAAGUCAUGACCAGCGACAAGGAUGGUGUUGAGUAUUUCCCAAUGGUGAUGCAUCCUCUCAACUCUCAUAUCAUGUACUGUUGGAGUUGUAACACCAACUCUCUGCUCUUGUUUAACUUGAGGGAAAGCAAGUGUAGUCUUCACAAGGAGGUAAAGAGGACGUACAAGUCUAUGGAUGGUUGUAUCAUGAGAAUUAGUGAUUGCAAGGAGUAUAUGGACUCCAUCUCUCCAAAGUUGGUCAAUAAUAUGUAUGCUAGUAAUCACCAUCUCUUCUUUUCGCAGUUCGUGCUCCCACGCUGGUUCAACCCGCUCCCUCAGCUUAUUUCUUGAUUAUGCAUCUUUCUUAGUUUUUCUUUUUUUAUCAUUUGCUUCUUUUCUCUCUUUAUGAUACAAUACAAGUAUGUAUUGAAUUUGACAUAAACCAUAUC